GUGAAGAUCACCCUGCAAGGUAUCGUCUUCCUUGAUCGUGUUCCUGUUCAUAUGGAACGUACCCAGGACUCUUCAAACUAUGCAGUUUCUUCCCAGCCCGGUGCAGCCAGCUUAGACGUAAGCCAGAAGUAGGCAUUUCGUUUGAUAGACACCGCACUGCACCGAUAUAACCCAAAGACACCAAACUGCAACACGCAACUACAGGCAACAAAAUAGAUGUUAACUGGUGAACCAGGGGUUCGUAGUCACACGCUGGGGCGCCCUCUGACCUUCAGUCAAGGUGGGGCGACCCACUUCUGUGGGCCCCCACACCAGAGUCUUUUAAGGGUUACUGUGUCCUAUCAGGAACUUUCCAAACGAUCUACCGUGGGCACACUGCUGGCCUCCAAGCUGGGAUGGAAAUUCUAUGAUGCUGAUGAUUACCACUCUGAAGAGAAUCGGAUGAAGAUGGGGAGAGGGGUACCGCUGAGCGACCAGGACAGGAUUCCAUGGCUUUGCAGCUUGCACGACAUAUUAGUAAGAGAUGUGGCCUUGGGACAGCAUGUCAUUCUAGCCUGUUCAGCCCUGAAGAGAAAGUACAGAGACAUCUUGAUACAGGGAAGAAGGGAUGGGCCCCUGAAAAGCGACGGGUCCGCAGAGGAAAGGCUGGCCGGCCAACAGCUCUUGGUGGUCUAUCUCAGCGGCUCGUUUGAGAUCAUUUCCAGACGCCUGUCCCAACGAAAAGGACAUUUUAUGCCGCCCGAGUUACUGCAGUCCCAGUUCAGCAUUCUGGAGCCUCCAUCAGCUCCUGAACACUUCAUCCAGGUCAGCGUGGACCAAAGUCUCUCGGAGAUCGCCGAUGCCGUUCUGGAAGCUCUGCCAAUGAAGUAAUCAUUCCACACCUGCGGGGUAGGCGCGCUCUAGUUCAAGGUCCUCCUCGCCAGUGUAUUCUAAGUUCCUAAUUGAGAGCAAACUGCGGUACGUGGAGAGCAGUUUGCCUGUAUGGACUCGGUGUGCAGGUGUCCCGCAGGUGUCCCGCAGGUGUGCCAGGAGGAGGGGAAAGGAUGGUAAAAGUUAAGCUUAAACUUAAAUCGUGUAUAAUGGAACCAGAUGGUCAGUGGAAAUUGUGCAAUCAAUGCUAGAAAUCACUCCCGUUUGAAAGAACAAUGCCUUGUGCUUGUGUCUGCACAAAUGGAUGAAAUAUGCUACCCUGGAGGCCCGCUGGAAUUGGUCUCAGCAAUAGAAACCUGAAUCAAAGCAGCCACUGACUGCAGGCAUUUCACACCAUACUGCUGUUGGUUUUCAAACAGGGUGUCGCUGUGUAACAGCUCUAGCUGUCCUGGAAUUCACUCUGUAGAGCAUCCUGAAGCCCAGAGAUCCGCCUGCUUCUGCCUCCCCAGUGCUGGGAUUAAAGGUGUGCAUUA